AUGUCAUCGUUUUUCACGCUGCCUGCGUCCCAGCGGAAACGCAAGCGGGAAGACCAACCUGCAGCUCCGGCUUCGAAAAAGCGAGGAGUCGUGGCUACGAAGACAAGCGCACGGUCGAACAGUAGACGACAGGAAACACAGCAGAGAGAGGAAUCUAUAUCCGGAAGCGAGACCGAUAGUGAUGAUGCGGUAGGGUCUGACCGGUUUGACGAGACUGAAGUCUCUGGCUCUGAGGAGGAAGAAACGGCUGCAGAGAGGCGACUCAAAUUGGCGGAGAGAUAUUUGGAGAAUAUAAGGGAGGAGAUCGACGAAGCUGGGUUUGAUGCCGCCGAAAUUGAUCGAGAUUUGAUUGCGGAAAGAUUAAAAGAGGAUGUUGACGAAUCUAAAGGGCGAACAUACCGACAGAUUGCCUCUCAGUUAUCCUUUGAAACAGCGUCUUAUUCAUAUUUUCGUGCAGAUACACAGAGCACUACAUCAGUUGCCAUUCACUCCCCAUAUGUUUACACCGUGUCGAAAGACAGGACCCUGAUAAAAUGGGAAUUGGCUCCUCCUUCUAUUCCCAUUCUGGAAUUGACCAGCACAAUAAGAACCACUAGACCCUCUCGGAAGAAACCGAAAAAGAUCAAAUCCGUUCGUGGUCUACAGUCCGUUGAUCCCGAACAGGAGUCUCAAGGGCACACUGGAAAUAUCCUCUCCGUUGCUGUUUCUCCCUCUGGGAAAUUUCUAGCGACAGGUGGCAUGGACAGAAAGAUUAUAAUAUGGGAUUCAGACACAUUAAUACCUCUCAAAACAUUUACCCAGCACCGAGACGCGGUAAGCCAGCUGGCAUUUACUCGACGUAUCUCGGCAGCCACUACUGGGGAACAAAUGUUCUCCGCAUCCUUCGAUCGUACAAUAAAAACGUGGUCACUCAGCCCGGGAUCUCAUGCUUACGUUGAGACUCUUUUCGGACAUCAAGACCAUGUCGUUUCGGUCUCUUCCAUGGCUACUGAUGAAUGCGUCAGCGUCGGCGCCCGCGACCGCACCGCCCGGUUAUGGAAGGUCGUUGACGAAACACAACUUGUUUUCCGCGGUGGUGCCUCCAAAGGCUGCGAAUACGCAGAGAACUCCAUAGACUGUGUAGCAGCUUUGUCCCCCGCACACUUUGUCACUGGCUCUGACGACGGCUCCAUCUCCCUAUGGUCGAUACAUAAAAAGAAACCAUUGUUCACUGUUCACCAGGCUCAUGGAGUUGACCCUGUUCCCAGACCUGAAGACGCGUCUUCUGAACGAGAUUUCACGGCCUCAACUCGUGCUACGAAAUAUAUGCGCCCAACGCCACGCUGGAUCACAGCGCUAGCAACCAUACCAGGCACAGAUGUCAUACUCAGCGGUAGCUGGGAUGGAUGGAUUCGCGCUUGGCAAGUUUCAGAAGAUAAAAGGAGACUAAUCCCCCUGGGCGGCGUUGGCGGAACCCAGUCAUUAACCAAUGACAUCGUCGACAUCCCAUCCGACCGCCCGCCAAAUAGCAUUUCAAAAAGGGUACCACCGUUGAACGGCAUAGUAAACGGCAUCGCUGUGUUUGAACGCCGAGCUCAAGAGCAUGGAAUAUCGUCAGCAUCUGUCGUCCGCCAAGACACUUUUAACUCUUCUCAGGCGCCCAGCAAUAUCCCACCUGGCGUCUGUAUAGUAGCUGCAUUAGGCAAGGAACUCCGGCUGGGACGAUGGAAGGUGUUUGGAUCCAAGGAUAGAAAAAGCAUUGGUGGCUCAAAUGCCGGGGGGAGGAAUGGUGCAGUGGUCUUUGAAGUCCCAUUUGUCUCCAUAACUCCUUGA